GGCGGAGCGAGAAGGUACUGACCCGGGAACGAGCGGCGGUAACAGGAUGGCGCAGCUCGGCGACAAAAGAGCAGAUGGCUUCGGUGUUCAGGAGCUGUCCGACGGGUCCAGAUAUGAGGGAGAUUUUUUAGACGGCCUCAAACACGGAAAAGGAAGAUACACCUGGAAACAUGGAGCGUACUAUGAGGGUUUUUUCUACAAAGACUUCAAGCAUGGGGAUGCACUUUACAGCUGGCCCUCAGGCCACAAGUUCACUGGCAAGUUCUACCUUAACAGAAGAGAAGGAUAUGGUCACCUGAGCUUACCAAAUGGAGCCAGCUUUCAGGGUUUAUACCACAUGGACGAGAUAUUUGGCCCUGGUGUGCUUACUUAUUCAGAUGGACGACAGGAUGUGGGUUUGUGGCUUGGGAAACGCUUACUAAAGCUCUGUACCUCUGUAGAAGAAAGCUUUAGCCUCAAAAGCUUUCCUGAAUAUGCUGACUUUAUGAAGUCUUCUGUUGACACAGGUUCAUGGACUCAGGUACUUUCUGCCCCAAACAGUUUAGAAACAAAAGCCAGUACAGAUGUUCAGGUGUCUACAGAUGAGGAUCUGCUGAUUGAUGAAAGUUUUAUCCUUCCACCCGGCAUUGAGAAGUACUGCACAAAUGCCGACUACUUACCGCUCCCUCCUGGCCGGAGAUUAGAGUUGGAUAAACUCUUUUAUGGAGAGCUGUGGGAGCCAGAAGCUCAUCCAUAUCAAGGUUACAAAAGGGAUCCAUUUUCUACUCUCCCUUUACAGGCUCGAAUGCCAGCUGUCAUACACAAACACAGACGGCUAGCUGAAAAUGUUGGGUGGAACAUUGCUGCUGUUCUUUCUAUGAAUAGAGAGAGCUUUGGUCCAAAAGGGCCUUUAGAGGCCAGUUCAGAACUGUUGAUCCAGCACAGCUUCAGAGGGGAAUUCCAAACUCUGGCAAAGAUGCUCCGGGAGGGUUUUGUCCAUCCUGAUGUUGCAGAUUCACAAGGACACACUGCACUGAUCGCUGCAACCGUAAACUGCCAUAAUAAUGUGAUCCAUCAGUUGCUGGAUAUGGGUGCUGAUAUUGACAAGUUAAACAGUGAAGGCAUGUCUGCCUUGGCUGUGUGCCACGUUCUCUACUACCCUUUCCAUUCCCUGUACACAACAUGGACCGAAGUUGUGUCUUCAUCUUCAAGUGAGAGCAGUCUCCCUAUUAGCCAAAAUGACCUCACAUCAAUUACACCUGUACUUAAUGACAGACCUCAAACCGCUGACACAAAUGUGAAGAUCCAAACUGACAUCCACCCCUCAGAACAGCAGCAAGUGUAUUUGAACACUUUGAACCUGUUACUGAAACGUGGCGCUGACCCUAAUCUGGCCAGGGUCCCUUUGCCUGUUCUUUUUGUUGCCAUUAUGGCGAGGGACACUGAAGCUGUCAGAAGACUGCUGCAGUCUGGAGCUCGCACUGACAUUCCUCUUCCACCAGAAAAGAAAGGCUUGUACCCUCUGCAUGUGGCUGCAAUGUUGCCAGGUCCAGAAGGUGCCAUCAUUACAGAGCUUCUUCUGAUUGCUGGCUUUGACCCAGAUGUGCAGGCAUGUGACCACAAUGAGAUCUAUGAACCAGACAGGAUAUCCUUGUCUGCCGAGGAACCACCAAGUGUCAUUAAGAACCCAAACCUUAAAGAGGGGGGUCGAACCGCCCUGCACAUAGCCUGUCAGAGAGACACUGAUUACAUGAACGCCAGUAAGGUGGUGGCUGUCCUGCUGUCUCACAGAGCCAGCACAGACCUACUCUGGAGUGGACAUUCUCCCCUCUCUUUGGCCAUAGCAAGUGGCAAUGACCUGGCAGUAGAGGAGCUUUUGAACAAAGGUGCAGAUCCUAACAUCCCUCUGGGUUCUAGAGUAGGCAGCGCUCUCUGUGCAUUUGCCAACAUUAAUUAUACCUUGGGCGGCAACAAAACUAAACUGUUGGACCUGUUAGUUAAGACUGGUGCUGACAUCUUGAUGCCAGUUGCUGUGGGUGGUGUUGUGGGAACUGCAGUAGAUUAUGCACACUACUCAUUCAACCAGGUACUUCAGGACUUGCAUAUCGCCCACACUUUGUUCCAUAAUCUGAACACUGUGGAGAGGAAAAUACUCAAAACACGGCACCAACUUCUCCAAAUGAUGAGUGAUCUGCUGAGACAAACUACAAGCCAGAGGAGGACAAAUAAUUUAAAGAGAUUGCAGCAGCUCACAUUGAAUCGUGCAGAAGCUAUUCCCUCAAUUGGACCAGAACACAGCUGUGAAGGAUUAUCAGAGACAACAGAAAGCUACAGGGAACCGGUGUUGAAAUUCUGCUAUCACUGUGGUCGUUCUACAUUUGUGAAAUGGAUUGUGUGUGAUCAUUGCUACAAGGUCUUCUACUGCUCCGUCACCUGCAAAAACAAAGGAUGGGAGGAAAGGCACAUGAAGGAGUGUAAACAGGUUUCAGCAUGUGCUCGUGGCGUCAAGAAGAGUCUUGUGUUUGAAUCCCAAAGUGCUCCCAGUCCCUCAACUAUCAAAGAAUCCAAGUUUGUCCCCCUGCCACCGACUGUCACAAAGAAAACCUCAACGGCACUCAAGCCAGUGAGUAAGGCGGAGGAGGUCUUGGAAAUUCCAGUCAACUUGAAAGAAAACUACAGUUUCAACUGA